GGGAGAACUGCUGGGGAUACUAUUCGGCAAGGUGGAGGACGGUCAUUUGGACGCAAUCACCGACGAGUUGUUGGUGUUCUUGGCGCAGCUGGUGGACGAUCUGCCCCUCGAAAUUUUGUCGAGGUGACGAGAAGCCGGGGACGACAUGCUUACUCGCACGCUUGCGCCCCAUCUGCUAUGGUCCACAUGUAUGGAGCUGGACGGAGACAACUGCGUGUACCCAUCCCCGAGCCUCUAUAUCGAUAUCGACGUCACCGAUCUCACACAGUGGGAUCCCUUCAUCCGGCGAGGGAACACGAUAGAAGCCAGCUACGAAGAGGAAGAGGAAGAAGAAGAGGAGUCGGAGGAAGAAGAAUCGGGCACCAAUCAGGACGAUCCCGACUACACUGGGUCAGAAGAAGGGGAAAGGGAGUCGGAGGAAGGCGGAGCGCAGGAACCGAGCGUCCAUCCCCCGCGAAGCAGGAAAGAGGAGGAGGCUGAAGCUCAGCCAAGGCAAGAGACAGUGGAGGGCAAGCGACCGCUCGAGGAAUCUGAAGGACAACCACCACAGCUACUGCUGGGCGAUCCAUUGCGGAAUCCGGAGACACCGCGCGAAGAUUCCAAUGCAGCCGCGACGUAGGGGUCAGGAAGUCGACGCCGCAGAAGAAGUGAAUCCUUGACCCCGUCUUCUUCGCCAUCACGAGCCACCCUUCGCC